UGGAUCGCCGGGCGCCGGUAUCGAGGCCGAGUUCAAGCCGUUCCAGCAGGCCGUGGAAGGCGACGGCUCGCGGCGGCUGAUCGACGUCAUCGUCGGCGACCUCACCGCCAUCAACAACAGCCUGCAGACCCUGGUGCUCAAUCCCGCCCAGGAACAGCAGGCGACAGCCGCGCUUCGCGUUCAGGUCGCCCAGUUCAAGAACGACUCCCUGCGGAUGCCAAAUCCGUUCAACAACAUGCUGCUGCAGUCAGCGAACUCGUUCGAGAAUACGAUUGCCAAUGA